CAAUUCAACCGGAUAUCACGGUUGACUAUUUUUGCUUUAGCGUGAAAUUUACUCGCUCGCUCAACAUUGUUAGGUUAGGCGCGCAGCGCCUCAAUCAAACAGACCUAGUAUAGAAAAUAUUUUAAAAAUGUCUCGUUCGACCAAAAUCAUUCUCACAUUUGUAUCUUUUUGAAAAAAGGAACUUGUUUGUAAAAUUUAGCCAGAAUUGGAACAUGACAUUUUGUUUUCCUGCUCUAUCGACAGUGCUAUUAUCUUAUUCUCAUAUAUACCGAUAAUGUCGCAUUUUAUAUUUUGUUCAUGCUGUUGCAUAAUUGACAUUCUUAGAAUUUCUAGUUCCGUGGUGUUUUGAUCAUCAUUAUUGCGUGUACACAUAACCUCUGAUUAAAAUUCAACUGCUCGAGGAUAAUAUACAGGUCCGGUUGCUAGGAUUAUUGAUAACUAUUCAGCAGGAGAAAUUCAAUUAUAAUAAACUGUAAUUAAAAUGUUUCAUUCUGGUAAAAAUUUUGUUCUUUCACAACCAGAAACCAUGAAGUCAAAAAAAUGGAUACUUCCUUUGAGUAUUCUUUAAUAAUCUCAAUAUUUAAUAUAUGCGGUUUUAUAAUAAAUGUAUGAUAUGCAUAGAAAUGAAGGUGUUCAGCAUUCAUUUAAAAGAUAAAAACUACUUGAUGUAUAACCCUUACAUUAUUCUGUUGAAACGAAGACUGUGUUCUAGGUAAUCUGUGUAGAUUGGUGCACUUUAUCUAUGCAAUUAUUUUUCUGACAAGAUGCUAGAUACUAGAGCAUUUUCGUAUAAGAGAUGUUUCAUCGAAGCUGCUAUAGCAUUAGUAUGUGUAUUUGUUUUCUGCGAAUAUUUGAUAUAUUAUUUUGUGCUUAUUCAGUGCUCAUGGCCUAGUUUGGAUCCACGUAAAAUUGAUGUAACAAUUCCUCGAACAAAACCAGAAGAAACUCCUGUACAUGCAAUGUUUAUUGCAGACACUCACUUAUUAGGGUCCAGAAAUGGACAUUGGUUUGAUAAGUUAAAAAGAGAAUGGCAGAUGUACAGAGCAUUCCAAACUAUGAUUACACUUCAUGAACCAGAUAUAAUAUUUAUAUUGGGUGAUAUAUUUGAUGAAGGGCAAUGGAGCAGUUCUACAGAAUUUAAUCAGUCUAUACAAAGAUUUCAUUCAAUAUUUUCAGUACCUAAGAAUACGUAUCUCUAUGUUGUUGCUGGCAAUCAUGAUAUUGGAUUCCAUUAUGCGAUUACGCCAUACUUGAAUCAACGAUUUGUAGACGGUUUGAAAUCGUCGAGUGUAAAAAGAGUUAGUAUAAGGGGGAAUCAUUUUGUUUUAAUUAAUAGUAUGGCGCUAGAAGGAGAUGGAUGUUUUUUGUGUCGCCCUACAGAAAUUGCAUUAAACAAAAUUGCUGCACAUUUGAAGUGUGCAAAGGGUAUGGCAAGUAAUUGCGAGAAAAGUAAUGUAAUAUCAAGAUACAGUAGACCAAUUAUUUUACAGCAUUAUCCAAUGUAUCGAGAGUCAGAUGAAAUUUGUAAUGAACCCGACGAAGCACCGGAGGAAAUAAAAAAUAUCAAGUUUAGGGAAAGAUGGGAGUGUUUAUCCAAGGAAGCAUCUGAACAAUUGUUAGAUAUAUUGAAUCCAAGACUGAUUGUUGAUGGACAUACUCACCAUGGUUGCAGAAGAAUACAUAGACAAGAUAUAUUAGAGUUCACAAUACCAUCGUUUAGUUGGCGAAAUAAAGACAAUCCAUCACUUUUACUAGGUGUGUUCACUCCUAAUAAUUAUUCUGUAUCAAAAUGUUAUAUGCCUGUGGAGUCUACUGAAAUUAAAAUUUAUAUUAUCAGCAUAGUAUGCAUUUUUAUAUACUUUAUUAUAAAAUGCAAGCUAAGACAAAGUCGAUAUUAUUUCGUGAAAUUUCACUAGAAAUAUUUCAUUAAUAUAUAGAAAUAGAAGUCUUAAAUUAUCGACAGAUUUACAUGUACAUGUAACAAUAUAAGUUUUUUUGUAGAACAUUAUAAACAGUACAUAUAUUAUUUACACUAACUGUAAUAUAAAAUACUUAUGUUGUAAAUUAUUAUCAUUAUUAUUACUAUCACUAUAACCAGGUCGAAAUAACGUCAUCAAGUUUUGGAAAUAUAGUUAUUCACAUUUUAGUUUUUCUUCGUUACUCUAUCAAUAAAUGCUCUAUCAGAACAAAAAAACAUGUUUACAAAUACAUAUAAAAUAUUACAAGAAUAUUAAAAAUCACCUGAAUGGUCACACUUCAAUUAUGAGAUAUAUAAAAUUUCUUCAUAUACUGUACAUUUAAUCAACAUUAAUGGUUUAAUGUAAAUGUUAAAUGUCUCAUAAAAUAUUAUUAUAUUAAAUACUUGCUAAAUACUAAUAGAAAUAAAGAUUGAUGUGUAUGCCAAAAGUAAUAUUAUGUGUAAAUGAUGAAUAUUUCAUGUGCAAAAAUAUUAUAUAAAUAAGGAGUAAAAUUUGUAUCUAAAUUUAUCUAAUUUUAAAUAAUGUAAAUACUU